AUGGUUUACGUGUUUAAAUCAGUUUUUCUUCUGUUUGUUGCAAUUGACUACCCUUUCCAUCCUGUUUUAAAACAGCAGUGUAAAAAGAAAUCCAUUCACUUCCAAUCUUUGCCUCAGGUCGAUGCCAGGAACAUUGAUGGGAGCACUCCUCUCUGUGAUGCCUGUGCUGCUGGGAACAUUGAAUGUGUGAAGUUACUGUUGAGCCAUGGAGCAAAAGUGAACCCCAUGCUGUUUGCAGCAUCACCACUGCAUGAGGCCUGUAUGAUCGGGAGUGCAGAGUGCAUGAAGCUGCUCAUUGAUGUCGGAGCAAAUCUGGAGGCUUACGACUGCCACUUUGGGACCCCGUUACAUGUGGCUUGUGCAAGACCACACGUGGACUGCGCAAAGCUGCUGCUCAAUGCAGGGGCGAAUGUGAAUAGUGCUAAACUCCAUGAAACUGCACUUCACCUUGCAGCCAAGACAAAGAAUGUGGAUUUGAUCAAAAUGCUCAUUGACUAUGGAGCCAAUGUUUAUGCACAGGACAACAGAGGCAGGCUGCCUUUGGACUAUACACAAUCUGGAUCACCACCCUCGGCUUGUCUGCAGUAUUACCAGAAAACGCCGCUGAGUUUAUCACACCACUGCAGAAUGACCCUAAGGAAAGCUCUUGGCCCUCAGAGAUUGCAUGCGAUUUACCAGUUAAACAUUGCCCCAAAACUCAUCAGCUAUCUCCGCUAUGAGUGAAGCUGGUUGAGACUCAGAAUAUUAAUGGGCACUUGUGAUGCAUUGAUUUAAAUGCCCAAUUGACAGUUUUUAUGAACACUUGCUUGCAUUUACUGCCAACAGAAGGCAGGAGACUGCAAAAUACACUAAAUUAGACAGUAACCUCCAACAUCUCCCUCCAAAUGCAAAUGGUGACUCUCAGCUAUGAAGAUUGCUGAACUUUUCCUGAUGGCAACAGAAAACACUGUUAACUCAGUUGCUCCCAGGGAUAAAUUUAAAUCCUAUAUGUACAAUUCAAAUAUUUUUAAACUUGGCUCCAUGGAAAUCUCCAUUUAUUAAUACAGAUUGUCUAUUGACACCACUUGUUCCAUCAGUUCUGAGGAAGGGUCAUUGGACCCGAAACGUUAACUCUUGUGUUUUUUCCUUCACAAAUGCUGCCAGACCUGCUGAGCUUUUCCAGCAACUUUGUUUUUGUUCCUGAUAUACAGCAUCUGCAGUUCUUUUGGUUUUUAUUUAGUGUUCCAUGAUUGAGUUGGAAACAAGGCAGGACUUGACAGCAGAACUUGCAACAAUGUUUUCAACAAGAAACUAAGCUUACUUAAAAAAAAACAAAGCAAAUAUAAUCUAUUUACAGAAUCUACUUUAAAUAAGUCUCUUGUAAACAGAACUCAGACCUAAACAGUUUAGGAGAAUGAGGGGGGAAUCUUCUAGAAACCUAUAAAAUUCUAACAGGACUAGACCGGGUAAACACAGGAAGCAUGUUCCAGAUGACCCAGGGAGUCCACAAAUAGGGGUCACCGUUAAAGGAUAUGGAGUAGGCCGUUGGACUGAGAUGAGGUGAAAUUUGUUUACCCAGAGAGUGGUGAACCUGUGGAGUUCUUUGCCAAAGAAAGUGAUUGAGGCCAAAAAAUUGCAUGUUUUCAAGAAGGAAUUAGAUAUAGCUCUUGGGGCUAAAGCGAUUAAAGGGGAAAGGGAGAAAGUUGGAACAGGACACUGAGUUGGAUGACUAAUAAUGAUCAUUUUGAACGGCAGAGCGUGCAGAAGGGCUGAAUGGCCUACUCCUAUUAUGAGUUUCUAUGAACGCAUGACUGAAACUACAGCAAUUUGCCCAGUAAAAGCGGGAUGAUUGUUUUCUUUCCAACAAACUGCAGUUAACUAAACAGCUAAAUGCAGAUUGUGGCUCGACUGGUGAAUUAAUGAAUGUGAGAAUUCAGAAACUGGAAAAUGUAUUGUGCAAUAUUGCAGAAAUAUUUAUUACAACCUUUGGUUGUAAGUCUACUUACACCUCACCUCAGUUUGGUCGGAAUCUUCCAUGGCAAGUUUGGUGAUGGUGAGUGAGGCAUUUAACCAGGCGGAAGGUGAGCACUUUUCCAUAUUCCCGAAUUAAAUCCGGGGCAAGAAUCUCCUGGGAAAGCCUCUGCAUCCAUUGGUAAUUGAAGCCUUUAUAUGGCCAAUUAAUGCCCAUUCAAGGUUUUCAUGCUGAUGGCCCUGGUGUAAACCUUGUGGCAGGUGUAGGUCUUACUAAACAGAUAGCACUACGAACGUACAGAGUGGGGCAGUGGGAUCGUUUUGGGGUUUGAUGCAUGUGGAAGAGUGUGGGUCACUGGAAUUGGUUUGAGGAAUAAGGUACAUUGAUGAGAGUGGGGCAAUGAGAUUGCUUCACCUGUAUGGACUUGCUAGAGGGCUGUUGGUGUCCUUUUUUUAAAUCAUGCAGUGGAAGGUGGGUGUCACUCUCUCUUGGGCCAGCAUUAAUUGCCAAAGGCACUGAUUGAGGGGCUUGGCAUCAGGAAGGGAUGGUCAUGUGCUCUGCCAUCCAGCUAACUGAAAUGCAAAAGGACAUUGUAAAAACCAUUUUCUGCAGAACGGUCUAGGCCUGAAACGUCAGCCUUCCUGCUCCUCUGAUGCUGCUUGGCCUGCUGUGUUCAUCCAGCUCUACACCUUGCUAUCUCUUGUAAAAACCCAUCAGGUUCACCAUCUACAGUGGUGACAUGGUCCCCAUUGGACUAGGUUUUUUAACUUUAUUCCAGUUCUUUAAAGUUGAAUUUGAGUUUCACCAUCUACCAUGGUUGGAUUUGAACCUGUAUCUACAGACAUUAGCGUGAGGUUCUGAAUUACUAGCCAGUGACAUUACCACUGCACUGUUGUUGCCCCUUGAGCCCCUUUUUCCCAGCAGUCUGUUCUGUAAAUUUAAAGGUCCAGCAUCACAGCCAGACACUUUGACAGUUAAUGUCCUGAGUAAGAGUUGACUUAACUUCAGAAGAACUCUCCGAUUUUAAAUGGAUACUUUCAGAGGAUUCCGGGUGUAGGGGAACUGCCCAGUUAUUCCCUGGCAAUUCAUUCAGAGUCUGCUACAUUGGGAAUUCUGCUGCUCUCUCAUUCCCAGAAAUGAUGAUCUGGCCAUUGAAAAUGUCAGGUCUCUAUGUUAUGAUAUAGGUGGCAGUCCAGGGUUGAAGGAACAUUGAAAUUUUCUGAAAAGCUAACAUUUGAUAAAUGUUAGAAACUGACAAGCUUUCUCUGUUUUUGUUAUUUCCUGCCUUUUCUAGGCACCAGGCAAGGUGUAGCUAAGGUAAACUGUCUAAAAAGAGAGUGGUGCCUUUGUAUCUUCAGAUGCUAGUCAUCUGCUUAGGCUGGCUAUGUUGUUGUUAUCACAGCUAUGUGCAACAUACCUUUUUAAGAGACAUGCUGAACACGUCAUCACCAUAUCAUAGCAUGUGACCUGAUGGUAGAAAGGUCUCAGUCUCCAGCUUACUGGAUCCACUUGCAGCAUGACACACUGAAGGGAUUGUGCUAGUUUUUAACUGAAUUGCUCAGCACUAGCCCAGACAUGAAAGUGUCUAUGAUUGUAAUAUAUGUAGAUACCAACGGCUGUAAUAAAUGUCUAUUGAAUCUUUCA